CUUUCUUCUUCUGAAUCUCUCUUGCUGCAAUGGGAGGUUUAUUCUCGAUCUCCAUGCCAUGUGACCAAGUAGUGAAUCAAGUCUCUCAAUGUCUUGGCACUCAUGGGAGUUAUAUAUACAGCCUUUCAGAGAAUCUAGCUGCUCUGCAGAGAGACAUAGAAGUGCUCAAGGCAAAGCGAGAUGAUGUGCAAAGAAGGGUUUGCAGAGAAGAGUUUACAGGGCGUCGUGAAAGGCUUUCUCUAGUCCAGGUAUGGCUUACUAAUGUCCUAAACACGGAGAACAAAUUCAAUGAUCUUCUUAGGACUUAUAACAUUGAGCUUCAAAGGCUGUGUCUCUGUGGGUUCUGCUCUAAGAAUGUGAGAUUGAGCUAUCUUUAUGGGAAAAGGAUUGUUAUGAUGCUGAAUGAGGUUGAAAGACUCAGUUCUCAAGGAGUAUUUACUGAUGUGACUGAGGAAAUUCCGGUCGCUAAGGUGGACGAGAUGCCUGUUCAAGCCACUAUUGUUGGUCAAGAAACAAUGCUCGAAAAGGUAUGGACUCAUCUCAUGGAAGAAGGAGUAGAGAUUUUGGGUAUGUAUGGCAUGGGUGGUGUAGGCAAAACCACUCUUCUCACACAACUCAACAACAAGUUUUCUGAAACAUGUCGUGGCGGCGGAUUCUUCGAGGUUGUGAUAUGGGUGGUGGUGUCUAAAACUCCAGAGAUCCAUAGGAUACAAGGAGACAUAGCCAAAAAGCUAGGCCUUGGGGGAGAGGAGUGGGACCAAAAAAAUGAAAACCAGAGAGCCCUUGAGAUACACAGAGUCCUCAAGAGGAGAAAGUUUGUGUUGCUGCUUGAUGAUAUAUGGGAGAAAGUUUGUGUUGCUGCUUGCUGCUUUUUAUAUUGCUCUUUGUUUCCUGAAGAUUACCGUAGAGAGAAAGAGAGGUUGAUAGACUACUGGAUGUGUGAGGGGUUCUUAGAUGAGAAUCAAACUAGAGAAAGAGUAUUAAGCCAAGGGUAUGAGAUCAUUAGUAUACUUGUCCGUGCAUGUUUGUUGUUGGAGGAAGCAGUCAAUAAAGAACAAGUGAAGAUGCAUGACGUGGUUCGGGAGAUGGCUCUAUGGAUAGCAUCUGAUCUUGGGAAGGAUAAAGAACAAUGUAUUGUGCAAGCAAGAAGUGGGUUAUGUGAGAUACCAAGAAUCAAGAACUGGAGUGGCGUGACAAGGAUGUCUCUCAUGGAAAAUGAGAUUGAGAUUGUCUCUGGCAGCACUGAGUGCUCAAAACUUACAACUCUCUUCCUUCAGAAAAACGCUUCACUGAUACAUAUCUCAUCUGAUUUCUUCCAGUGUAUCCCUAUGCUCGUUGUCUUGGAUCUUUCAGGGAACUCAAGUCUCCGGAAACUGCCUGAACAAAUAUCAGAGUUGGUCUCCUUGCGGUAUCUUGACAUGUCUAAAAUGUCUCUAGACAUGAGCUUAAUGGAGGAGUUGCCACAACAAUAUAAGGGUCUAGCUGUUGUGGUUUAGCUUCACGAACUUGCGUAAGGCACAAGAAACAUGAGACUAUAUCUUCCUCUUUCGCACUAGUAGCUGCUUCUCUACAACCAAAGAAGUCAACAAACAUUUUUAGGUUAUCAUUCAAGAUUUUCAGAUUUUGAGGAAUAAAUAGUUUUUAUUUAUUUAUAUAUUUAUAUUUUUUUUAGACACUAACAUUUUAAGUUUAUUUUUGCAGUAUAUUUAUAAUACUGAGCUACGGUUAACAGAGACUACAAUAUGCGUAUACUUUGUCAUACUUUUACUAUAAAAGGAUCCAAAU